AUGAGUUUAAAUGGUGUAGAUCUACAUACUACAGAUUUUAUAAAUGAAAAAGAAGAAUGGAUGAAAAAAUAUGAAAAUAUUGAAUUAGAAUACGGUGCCCUGAAAAAAAAAUUUGAAGAAUUUUCCAUAGACUACAAAAAUAAAAAUGAAGAAAUAAAAAAUUUUGCAACAAUAAAAAAGGAUAUGAUACUUCGCUAUGCAUACAUGAAAAAUGAAAACGAAUUUCUUAAAACACAACUGAAUAUUUUAAUACUAGAAAAAGAAGAAGAAGAAAUAAAGAAAAGAGAGUUGAUAGAAAUUAAUGAAAAACAAAAAAGAGAAAUAGAUGGGUAUAAGAAAAUAUUUGAAGAAGUAAAAAGUUAUAGUAUUUCAAUCAAAAGGAAAAAUGAAGAAACAGAAAAGAAAAUAUGUACAUUGGUUGAUUAUGAUAUAUCCUUAAAAAAGGAUAACAUCUUAUUAAAUGAGGUUAUUAAGACAAGUGAAAAAUUAAAUAAUAUAAAUAAUAAUGUAAAUAAAUUAUUACAAGUAGAAAUUGAUGAUACGAAAAAAAGGUUGGAUAUGGCAAAUAAGAAGAUUGAAGAUUUUUAUCAAUCUUUUAAUAUAUUAAAAAAUAAUUACUUAAAAUAUAAACAAGAUAAUGAUAAAAAAAUGAUGUUAUUAAUACAAUGUAAUGAUGAUUUAAAAAAAGAAUUAGAAGAAAAAAAAAAUAUACAAAUGUAUAAUGAUCAAUGUAAAAUACGUAUGGAUGAUUUUAAUAGAUCUACUAUUUUAUUAGAAUAUUAUGAAAUCAAAAAUAAAGUAAAUAAUGUUAAUAAAACAAUUUUGUGGAAUAAAAUCAAUAUGUUAUAUUGUCAUUUAUAUGAUGAAAGAAGAAAAGAUAAAAAUGAUGAAAUAAAUAUAUUCAUUGAAAAUCGUAAAGUCGAUAGUAAUGAUGCUACUAAUAAGCAACCAAAUAAUAAAAAUGAUAUUUAUAAAAAUGAUAUUUAUAAAAAUGAUAUUUAUAAAAAUGAUAUUUAUAAUGAUAAUUAUAAUAAUAGGAGCGAAAAUAACAAUUUUCAUGCCCUUAUAGAUCAAUUAAAAAAUAAAAUUUUAAAAGAAGAAACAAAUGAAGACAUACAUAAUUUAUUCUUUUACAAUUUAUCGUUAGAUGAUUAUAAAAAAGAAAUAAAAAACAUACAAAAGUAUUAUGAGGAACAUAAAUAUGUAGAAGAAAAUAUUGACAUAUUAAUAAUACAAAAUAAUUUUCAUAUUUCUUACAUAUUAAAAGUAUUGAAUUUUAAUAUAAAAAUAAUGAAUGAUAUAAUUGAUUGUUACAAUAUUAGUCAGAUACUUUUAAAAUAUAUAUAUAAUACAUACUUAGAAAAAACAAUCGAACACAUAUAUAAUUAUAUGUCUAUUGAUGUUAUACAAGAAAAAUGUUCUAUUAGAUUUGGAGUCUUUUUUUUUAUUACGUUAUCAAAUUUUUUGUUAUGUAUAAUUAUAUAUAUGAAGCUUAUAAGAAACUUAGGUCAGGGAACUUAUUUAAAAUUAAUAGAGAAUGAAGAAAUUAUACAAUUAUUUUGUUUUAGUAAAUAUAUAUUGGAAAAAUAUAUGGACAAAAUAAAAAUGAAAUUGUUUUCUUCAAAUACGGAUUAUAUUACAUUGUAUAUGAUUAGUCACAGGUUAAAGGAGCUUUAUAAUUCUGUAUAUUGUUCAAAUAUUAUAAAAAAUAAAAAUAAUACAAAUGAUAAAGUUAUAAAUAAUAAUAAUGUGUCAUUGCACAUGAAAUAUACAAACGAUGACACUUUUAAGAAUAACACAAUACACAAUAUAGAUAAUAAAAAUAUUACAUCUCUUGAACUAUUUUGUUUUCUAAAUUUUACCCUUGCAACGUCUAUCCUUUUAAUUAUAGAUACAGAUAUUAUAUUAGAAUGUGCAUGCGAUGUAGAUUUACAAAUACAAAUCGUUAAAAAAUGUAAAGACAUGAUCAAAACAAUUAAAGUUCCCAAGAAAAUUACAAAUCUUAGUAAUAUUCCUCUAAACAAAUAUAAAAUGUCUUUUAAAAAUUAUAUAGAACAUAUUACUAAUUUCCAACAAGUAGUAACACAAAAUAUAAAUCCUAUGGAAGAUAUAAUAAAAAGAGAAAAAAUUUCUAUAGAAUAUAUUAAUAAUUUAAGUACACAGAUUUUAAACGAAUUAAAUAUAAUCGUAGGUGAAUGUUGUACUAUGUAUUCUAUAAAUAUACACGAUGAACAAAAUAAAGAUAAAAAUAAGUGUGAUUUAUAUCCAUUACAAAUAUGUGAUAUAUAUAUAAAAAUAUAUAACAAAAUAGUAUCUAUCAAAAAUAAAAAUAUUAUACAAAAAACAGAUAUUGUACAAAAGGAUGAUAUUAUAAAGAAUCUAAAAAAUGAAAUAGUUCUUCUACAAAAUAAAAUCAAAUCCAUAAAAAAUAAGAUGAAUGCAUUAAUUAUCAAGGAAGAAAAAUCAAACAAAAUAAAUAUGGAUUUGGAUAUUUUAAAAAAAGAAAAAGAGGAAUAUAUUCAAAUUAUAAAUAAUUUAAGAAAAAUUCAAAAUAAUAAUAAUAAUGAAAUUUCAUACAUUACAAAACAAUAUAAUGAUACCAAAAAUAAAUAUCUUGAAUUAUUAAAAAAUUCGGAAUCAAAAAAAAAAAAAAAAUAUCUAAAUAAUAAUAAAAACAUAGACGAGUAUCCAAAUAUAGAUAAUAUAUAUUAUAUGAAAAAGGUUAUAAAUAAUUUAUAUUAUGAAAACUUUUUAAAUAAGAUUAACAAAUAUUAUUAUUUAUAUGACCAAAUGGAUGAUUACUAUUAUCAUAAUUAUGAUAAAGAGUAUACUAAUAUAAAAGGAGGCAUAACAAAUAAGAUAAAAAAAAAAAAGAAGGACACUUCAAAAGAAGAAAGUAAUGAUAUAGAUGUUAUGGAUAGGAAGAAAGAUAUCGAUAGGAAGGAAGAUAUUUUUAGAAUUGAUGUUAAUGGGAGUAUUGAUUCAUUUGGCUGUAGUACAUGGAAUAACAACUUUUUUCAUAUAAACAAUAUUCAUAAUUAUACAUUCGAAGGAUUUAUAAGAAAUAAUUUAAUUAAUCAACAAUUUUAUAAUCAAUGUGAAGAUAAUAUUUUAUUUGAUGAUAUAUAUAAUUGUGAAGUUAUUAAAAAUAGACUAUCCCAAAAUAAGAAGGAAUAUUUUAAAAACAAAAUUUUUCAAUACACUUUUAAAAAUACAUAUGAAUUUAAUGAUAUAAAUAAUAAAAAUAUACACAUUCUAGAUAUUAUCGAAAGAUACAAAAAAUUAAAAAACGAGAUUUUAAUAGAAAUAUUAAACACAAGUAAUGAUGAUCAAAUUAUGAGUAUCAAACAAAGUAAUCUAUACAAAAAAAAAAAAAAAAAUUAUAUUCAUUUAUAUCAUAAAAUAACAGAAUUAAAAGAAAUAAUAAAACAAUAUUAUCAUAAUUAUAAUAUAACUUUAUUUAAUCAAAACAAUGAUUCCUUAAAUAAAAUAAUGAACAUAACCAUUGAACAAAAUGUUGAAAAUGAGGAAAAGGAUGAUGUAUCAAAUUCACUAGGAAAUGAUAACGAAAUGAAAAGUUAUGAUAAAUAUAAGGGUGAGGACAAAAACUAUAAUGAUGAACAAACAUUACAAAUAAAUAAAAAUAAAUCGUUGACGAAAUCGCAUAUAAGGGAGGAUAAAAUUAUAUUAGGUGAUGAUUCUUUAGGACAUCUAAUACAAAAUAUAUUUAACAUAUAG